GGUGAUAUACGUCAUUUCCUGCCGGGAGGGGGCGUGGCUUCAUCGCAAGAUGGCGGCGGCCAUGGGGUUGCUAGUAGGGAGGCGGCAGCUGGGGCUGAGGCUGGGCCUGGGCCUGGGCCUGGGCCGCACAUCGCAGCGGGCGCUGUGGGACGGCCUCAGCAGGAAGGAGGAGAAGGAAGUAGAAGAAGACAGUGCAAUUCCACAAGAGAAAAAGGAACCCAGCCUGAUCUGUCCCCCUCCGCGCAGCAGAAAUUAUGUUCCUCCAGAGGACAUACAGAGCAUCCUUGAGGCUCGUGUCAAGGAGAUUUGUGGGCCAUUGCUUGCUGGCAACUGGCAGCAGAUGCCCCUGAAAGAAAAGAGGCUGAAGUAUCGGCUCCUGGCCCAGCUAGCUGACGAACUUGGUCACGCUGUGCCCAACUCACAGCUCCACCUGAUGAGCAGUGCUCAGGAUGUCCUGACUUUCUAUAGCACUCCUGUGAAGGAUGUGUCAAAGUUUGAUGAGCUGUGUGCUGCAGAGCUGCCCCCAAAUCUGAAGAUUGCCUGGGAGCAGUGAGCUGUGCCAGGAAGCAUCACUGCGCUUCAGUUGGGUUCUUAAGGCCAAAUUGUGGAGCUGAAGCAGAACCCUCUCAUUGUGCUAUCAACCAAAUAUGAGUAUCACCAGUAAGAAUACAUCCAUUUGUCUUCCAAUUUAAUUGUUUCUCUUUACUGUAUACUGAAAAAAAGUGGAAGUUGUCCUUAUGAAAUAGUAUUUUGUUGCCUAACAGCUGCAGAGUCUAGUGGUGAUAAGUGAAGUGAUGCCUCUCAUAAACCUCUUGUCUUUCAUUUCAAA